CGUAGUCAUGGACCACGAUCCAGACCUCCAUGAUCCAUCAGGCAGAUGGAGAUAGAGAGGAGGAAUGGGCGGAGCAUCCGUAGGGCCAUGGCAUCAGACCCAGCCGGGUCUAAUGGAUACACUUAUUUGUUUGACCUAAAGGAAGCAGAGGGAAGCAGCAUUUCUCAGAGGUGUAUGUUUGUCUUUUAACGUCAAGCUAAACGGCUGAUAAUGGAACUUUUACUGUUUACAUACUUUUAGCUGGUUUCAGCAAACAUCUUGGAUAAAUCCAGUGAACACGAGUUGCCCGGCAGCAAACAGACAAAGUUAGCAACAAGCUGGUGAACACAGUGGAGUGUUUAGCGGCCAAUGAACAGUUUGCUGUAAACGAGACACAUCGUCACCCUGGAAACAAGUUGUGGACCACGACAGUGACGUAGUGGUCUGCAGGCUUUCAAACAAAGCGCUGAUUGAGGUGUUGCGACAUUUUCCACAUGGUCACUGUUGCAUUACUGGUAGUUUUUCUAUAUAAAUUAAGAGUUUUAGUGAGACUGCCUGGCACAUUUGUCACUGGAUUCAUUUAAACGAUCAGUCAUUUAUUUCAUAGUUAUUUAAGCUCUGUGGAAAAAAACCACACACAUUUAAAACGAUGCUUCUUGUGGAGAAACUCAUCUCAACCAACUUCUGACUGUCAGCAGUAUUUAUAUUUUUUUUAAAUGUGCACAAACUGAUCGCAUACAAAAUAUGACAUUUCGACCAAUCAGCUGUCGGGAAUCAUCAUCAGCCUCUCACUAUCCUCCUCCUCCUCCUUCUCCUCUGUUUUGGGGGGAUUUAAUAGUGAUUAUUGUUGUCCCUCGUUAGUUAUUUCUGAACUAAGAUUAAAACUGGAUUAAAACUCACCACCAUGGGUUUUACAGUCAGUAGGUAGACACCGUGUUGUGUCUGGCUAUUUAAUUUAUUAGUUUCAAUCUGUAGCGGGGGAAAAAAUGAAGCCUAUUUUUUUGUUGUCAGUCUCGACUUCACUGUCCAACAAGUUGUCGCUAUAAAGUCCAGAGUGCCAGUCUGUCUGUGUGCAGAGAUGCCAUGGAUACGGCAGUCCCUUGUCUGCCUCAUUUAAAAGGCUUCUGCUUUGAAAGAAGAAGAGGUGGAGAAGAAAAGAGAGGUGUGUGUGUGUGUGUGUGUCUCCCUUCUGAGCUGAGUCUUUGUCACAAAGUGGAGACCACAAUACUGAUUUAACGGCCUCCAUUGCUGCAUUUCGGGCCCGGUCCAAACGUGUUGCUCCCGGGCUCGGUGGAAGAAGCAGGUGCUACUGGUGGUGGCAGAAGGAGCGGAGUCCAACUUCAGGACCAGAACAUGUUCGUCACUAUCCUGCUCGGAGACAGCAGGAUGGAAAUGUUCAAUCUCAACUGUAAGCUUAUAAACUUUAUCCAUCAUCUAAAGGAGAGGUGCGGCCUGGACUUCAAAGAGAGUGUGGAGCUGAUGGACAGCAGCGGCAGAGUGAUGGACCUGCAGGGGAAGCAGCACAGUGUGGCUCUGGCCAGCAGCGUGCUAGCAGAGAGGCAAUACUACGUCCUGCUACGCGUCUGCCGAGACGAUGACACUGGAGGUCAUAAAUAUGUGUCUCUCCUAAACAACUUCAGCCAGAGUUAUCCCGAGUUAACAGAGCUGCUGAGGAAACUGUCGAACACCGACAAGGAGCGAGACCGAAAGACGAGAGGAAGGAAAAAACCAGGCCAGACCAGGAGCAAAAAACGUCUCUGCAAAUAA